AGGCAGAGCUCAGAGCAGAGUGGCCCGUGGUCCGGAGAGGAAUCAAGGAAUCAAGACAUCCAACGACGCAGUUUGCAGGUUCGCACAAAAUGCGCAAUUACUCGAAUCUUUGGCAGCAGCUAGUGCUGGUGUUGCUGAUGGCCAGCACCUGCGUCAAGGCCAAGCCGCUGGUCUCCUUUGGUGUCAGCUACCAGCAGCCGCAGCCCUACGUGGGACCAGGACCCUACUACAACAGCUACUACGGCGGACCAGCAGGACCAGCAGGACCCUAUCAGAUUGGCGGCGGCUACUAUUCCAGCUCCAACUCCAACCACUACUACAGCAGUCCGGGUGGGCCGUAUCCCUAUCGGUAUCCCUAUGCUGCAGGACACCGAUACGGGGCCCUCGAUGUGGGCAUCGGCGCCCUGUCGCUAACCCCAUUCCUCCUCUGAGAGAGCUGCCAGAACAAUCGAUCUCGAACAAUCCACACAGCAAACAGCAAACAGUAAACAUUAAACAGAAAUGAAAAAAUA